AGGGAGGAAGCGGGGCCUUGAGCCGCGGUGUUGCAGGAUGGGGGGCGGCUGCUGCUGCUUUGGGCUCGGCCUAGCUCUGCUGCUGGCCCUGGCAGUACCCGGCGAGAGUCUGCAGAACGUCACUGCCCAGCUCUUCGGGACGGAGGCCUACGGGACCCUGGCGGCAUUCGGCGACUUUAACUCAGACAAGCAGACGGACCUGUUUGUGCUGCGAGGCGGAAAUGAGUUGGUUAUCUUCUUGGCCGACCAAAAGGAGCCCUACUUUAAGCCCCGUGUUAAGUUACCAAUGAAAUCUCUCAAUGUCAUUAUAACCAGUGUAGUUCCUGGAGAUUAUGAUGGUGAUUCACAAAUGGAUGUCCUCCUGACUACGCGGACACAAAAUCAUGGCAAAGAUGAACUUUCAGUGUUUAUUUUCUGGGGGCACAACCAAACAUUAGAUCUUAACCAUAAAACUAUGUUAAAUAAGACUUUUCAUGAUGAGCCUCUGGUAAUGGACUUUAAUGGAGACUUGAUUCCUGAUGUCUUCGGCGUGACAAGUGAUUCAAGUAAACCACAGAUACUGAUAGGCGGGAACUUAUCAUGGCAUGCUGCAUUGGAAACCCAAAGUAAUAUGUAUAUACCACACUCUCAUGCAUUUAUAGAUUUAAAUAAGGACUUCACUGCUGAUUUGUUCCUUACUACAUCACCAAAUUCAGGAAACAUUCAGUUUGAGACAUGGGUAAAUAAGGAUGGGAACUUCUCUAAAGCUGAAAAAAUUCAGAAAACGCCUAGUGGUGUGAAAGUUGUUGGACAGUCUGUGUUUGCAGAUUUUGAUGGGGACGGACAAAGUGAACAUUUAUUACCAGUCUGUGAAGAUACAACAUGUCAAAAAAGUGCCAUCUACUUAACUAAGCUAGGAAUGGAUCAGUGGAUUCCAGUCUUGCAAGACUUCAGAAAUAAAGAGACACUCUGGGGCUUCGUACCAUAUCAAAGUGACAAAUCUUCAACAGAAACUUCAUUUCCAAUUACACUUCAUAUUGGAGAUUACAAUAUGGAUGGCUACCCAGAUGCUCUUGCUAUACUAAAGAACACAUCUGGAAGCAAUCAACAGGCAUUUUUACUAGAAAAUGUCCCAUGCAAUAACAUAAGCUGCAAGAGUGUACAUCGCAUGUUUAAAGUUUUUUGGGAGCUCUCAGAUCUAAAUCAAAUCAAGGAUGCGGUGAUAGCAACCUUCUUCGACAUAUACGAGGAUGGAAUUUUGGAUAUCAUUGUGUUAAGCAAAGGCUACUCCAACAGGGACUUUGCUAUCCAUACAUUAAAAAAUAACUUUGAAGCUGAUGCCUAUUUUGUUAAAGUUAUUGUUCUCAGUGGCCUCUGUUCUAAUGACUGUCCUCGGAAAAUAACACCUUUCGGUGUUAAUCAGCCUGGUCCUUACAUCAUGUACACUACUGUAGAUGCAAAUGGAUACCUGAAAAAUGGGUCAGCUGGACAGCUUAGCCAAUCAGCACAUUAUGCUCUGCAGCUACCAUACAACGUACUAGGCUUGGGACGUAGUGCUAAUUUCCUCGACCAUUUGUAUGUUGGCAUUCCUCGUCCUUUAGGAGAAAAGUCUGCAAGAAAACAAGAAUGGACAGCUAUCAUACCGAACUCCCAGCUUAUAGUCAUUCCCUAUCCUCAUAAUGUUCCUCGAAGCUGGAGUGCCAAGCUGUAUCUGACCCCAAGUAACAUUGUGCUGCUAACAGCUAUAGCCUUAAUUGGCGUUUGUGUUUUCAUCCUGGCUAUAAUUGGCAUAUUACACUGGCAAGAAAAGAAAGCAGAUGACAGAGAGAAGCGACAGGAGGCUCAUCGGUUCCAUUUUGAUGCUAUGUGACAUGCCUUAAUAUUUAUGAAGGAGCUGCUACUCAUUUGCUUAACUGAAAUACUAAAUUCUGGUUUGUAAAAUAAUUACUGUGCAAAUACUGCUGGUGUGCUAUUUGUAAAUGUUGCAUUAUUUGGUAUUUAUUUGCAAAGUAUUAAAAUUAGACCUGAAUGUCUCACAAAGCUUUUCAGUUAACAGACUGUAUAUAAUAGCAUUUCAUCUUUAUUUAACAGAACUGUAAUUUUAUUUUUCUUGGUAAAGGGAUCAGAUUGCUUGUAUCAUUAUGUAUGUACCGCCCAGUCUUUAGUUUUAUUUGAUAGAAAGAAACCUGUCUAAAUAAAGUUUAGCGUUUCAGUGAACAGAAUACAUUGUAUGACCUGAAUUGGUCUUGUCAUUUACACAUUCCUGCAAAGUAACAUGCAUUUCUGAAAAUUAAGCCUGAGCAAUUUGUCAGAUGACUUUAUCAUUAAUUAUUUUGAUUGUAAUCUUAAUGCUGCUCAACCAAAAGUAUUCUGUAUUUUUCUUUGUUUAAAUCCAUAUGUACAAUAGUUAAAGAAUUUAGCUGUUGUAGAACAUAAAAAAGCUGCAGUGUUAAUGCUAGUUCAGUAGCUCAUCGUGGGACAGAUGUAGUAUUUGUGUGUGUUAGUUCCAGAGAGAAGACAAUGCAUCAGCAUUAUAUACACUGCUUUUAUAAUUAAACUAUAACCACAUUUAUUUUAGAAAAGCGUAAAGUAAUUAUGAAAGUAACAUUUUUAAAUAAUAAAGAUAUGGGAUUUUGUUUUUAAAGAACUAAAAAGAAAACAUUUUGGAGUGGAAGAUGAAUAAGAAUUGACUCCCCAGAAUUUAUUGCUAGGGGAUGAGAUAUACAAAGAUUAAAUUAAGAAUAUAGUAGGACACUUGGAAUAAGCAAUGUACGUUAUCUUUGUGCACUACUAUAAGACAAGUAGCUCAAUUUCAUAUAUUUAAAAUGGUGAUGAAGUUACAAGUUGCUCAGUGUAGGGUCCGGGAAAAAUCUCUAAAAGUAAUCAUGCUUGUAUUUAAUAGUCCUUAGUGAUAAAGUUUACAUGAUUAAUUGUGCAUUUAAAUCUCCCAGUUUGCAUGCCUAAUGAAUACCAUUUCAUAAACUAGGACAUACUUUCUCAAAUAACUACAAACUAUUCAUCUUAGAGGUACUCAGCUCUGCAGGGGGGUUUCUCCAGGGGUCUGGCACUUGUCCCGUCACAUGCUGUCCUGUAACGCUGCUCUUGCUUGGCAGCCCAGAAGCUGAAAAGGGAGUGCAGGUACAAUGCUGAGCUGAUCCCACCCACCCUGAAGAACAGACAAACAGGUUGUUACCAUGUCAGUGCUGAGCAGUGACUCAUUCAGACAGCAACACCCACCGGGAAAUCAGAGAAGUACUGAUGAGCAGUCUGCCAAGCUGUGACGUUUUACUGGAUAUAUCUAAUAUGAACUGACCAGAGGCAACAAAGGAGACUUUCAUACUACACUAGUGUUACUAUUAAGCAUAUCCUUAAUUCACACCCUUAAUAUUUCUUUUAGAGGUGGCAUAAAAAACUAAGAUUUUUUUUAGAUAGAUAAAUACUUAAUGCUGUUGAACUUUUUAAACCCCCUGAUAGAAUUUGCUCCUGACAGCAGAAGUACUAAUGGAUUUCAUAAUUAAAAGGAAGCACAACUUAAAAUAUUUUGCAGUCUUUUUCAGAUGGUUGGAGAAUAAGGCUAAACAAGUGCCACUGGCAGCAAAGCACAGUUGUCUGUAGCCCUUUAUCACAAUAUGAUAAACACAGAUUAGGCUCCUUAUGUUUUUUCAGAAAACAAUUAGGAAUGAAAUCACUUCAUGCUGACGUUUAGGCUGUUGUGAAGUUAACAAAACAACAAACUCAGUAUCUCUUGCUUUAAGGUAUUUUGCAUGCUCAGUAGUGCAUUGUUGUAUCACUUCAUAUAUAAUACAUCACUGGUGCUUUAAAAGCUUUCUUAUAAUAAAGGUUUCUACAGUCAUAAGUUGGCUCACAACAGUAUAUUUGUACUAUUUUGCAUUAAGGCAUUAAAUAUUGUUAAACUUCUUGUCAAA